GACGCAUUUGACAUUUAAGGAGGCUUUGCCUUGGUCCAGCCUCUGCAUCUGUUCUGCGCUGUCUCCGCUGCAGUCGAGUGCGAGUCGCAAGCCCCGAACCCAUCCGCACGUUCUCUUCGCACGGUCUCGCACUCAGCAACAUGGUGGACCGCGAGCAGCUGGUGCAGAAAGCCCGACUGGCGGAGCAAGCUGAGCGCUAUGAUGAUAUGGCGGCUGCUAUGAAAGCCGUUACAGAAUUGAAUGAACCACUUUCCAAUGAAGAAAGAAAUUUAUUGUCUGUUGCUUACAAGAAUGUAGUUGGAGCUCGGCGCUCAUCCUGGAGGGUUAUUAGUAGCAUUGAGCAGAAGACUUCUGCAGAUGGCAAUGAAAAAAAGAUAGAAAUGGUACGAGCUUAUCGUGAAAAAAUUGAGAAGGAAUUGGAAGCAGUUUGUCAGGAUGUGCUAAGCCUUUUGGAUAAUUUCCUCAUCAAGAAUUGCAGUGAAACCCAAUACGAAAGUAAAGUGUUCUACUUGAAGAUGAAAGGAGAUUAUUAUCGAUAUCUAGCUGAAGUGGCCACUGGUGAGAAGAGGGCGACAGUUGUUGAAUCCUCCGAGAAAGCAUAUAGUGAGGCUCAUGAGAUAAGUAAAGAGCAUAUGCAGCCAACCCAUCCUAUCAGGCUUGGCCUGGCCCUGAACUAUUCUGUGUUCUAUUAUGAGAUCCAAAAUGCUCCUGAACAGGCUUGCCAUCUGGCCAAAACCGCCUUUGACGAUGCCAUUGCCGAGUUGGAUACCUUGAACGAGGACUCCUACAAGGACUCAACACUCAUCAUGCAGCUUCUACGUGACAACCUAACGCUCUGGACGAGCGACCAGCAAGACGACGACGGUGGGGAAGGCAACAAUUAAAAUGUAAUGAGGGACUGGCAGCCGCACGCUGAUGCUACUACCGCAGUCUUUAUUUUUUUUCCCACAAGUGGGGGGUUAAGGGUUGGGGGAUGGUAUGGAAGGGACAUCCUCCCCAGGGAAGACCCUACCACCUGUCUUUGAUUGCCUCUUCGACAUUUUGCCAAAACACCACGAAUGGAAAGUUAGACUGGCUGUGCUGGUAUGGAACGGCAGCCUCACACUGGCACAUGGACUGUUCUGUAGUUAAUACAAGUGGAGCUGUUUUUAUUUUUAAGUUAUCGCUAGACAUAUUUAGGAAGAGUUUUAACAGUAGGAAUAACAUGAAUGGAAUGGCUUUUUUUAAAAUAGUUUUGUGGUUCCAGUAAGUUAUUUUAUAUUUAUUUUUUUUCUAGCUAAAUGCACGUCUUGCCCUUCAUGCUAUAUACUAUUUAUCUAUUUAAUAUGUUGCUCUUGUGUACUUUGUGCACUCCACAUUACUCCAGUUGAUACAGUGUUCACUCCAAAGUAUUUUUAGGUAGAAUUCUUUUUUUAUUUUAAAGAAAGAUUGGUUAUCAUAGUAUUGCUUUUGCUUUAAGUCCAUGGUUGCAUUUUUGAUGGCUCAUCAGUGACAGUUUUAAAAAAAGGGCAGUGUAGGUUGGUAAGAGCAGUUAUGGGGCUGAAGAAAGGAAAUAAAAUAACUUUUGUAACCAUUUUAAAAUGAAUUAAGAUUUCAGGUCUGUAAAGUACACUGCUGUUUCACUGCCACAUCUUAGAAAUUGAUAUAGAUAUUCCCCACACUUCAGUCUCUCACUGCAUGGUUUUCCUUGAAAAAUAUUAUGUUGUCUUUAUUAUCCAUUGUGGAUUUAAUUGGUUUUAUUUAAAAAUUCAGUGACAUAAUACACUUUAAUAAUUGGGCUUUUAAUUCAUCUUCAUAAACAAACGCUUCUCCGUGUUUCCACGGCAUCUACAGCAAUGCCACAUGUUCUGCAGCUGUACUAGUUCUCCCUAAAAUGAUAUGUUGUAUGAUUUGUUUCCUUUGCAUUCUAGCAUCUGAAAGUGAGUAAUCCCAUAGAGGAGUACACUAAAGUAUAAAGCGUUGUCACUAGCUCAUAGCAUAUUAAGGCAAAGACAUUUUCCCUUUCUAGGCAGGUAAAGGAACACGUACCUAUAAAAUCUGUUUACUGUAGGCCAACUGUAAAAUUGCAAGGCAUGAAUAUGCAAGAAAGCUUAAGUGUCUUACUUUGUUAAACUAUUACUGUGUCCAACAGUAAGGGUUAUAAUCCAAAUGGUUUGAAGUUUAUGUAUUCUCUGUGUUUGCAUGAAUACGAAUGAGUUUGCCCAAUAAGAAAAACCCUGCUUUAUGUAAUUUCCUGAAUGGCUUGUUGACUCAUAACCAAAGUUCUAAACGUUUUAGUUUAGAAGUUUUUAAGCAAAUCUGUAUAGAUUUUUGUUGUUGUUGUUGCUGUUGUUUUAACAUUGGAAGGACUGAUGCCUUUCAAAUUAGCAGAUUAUAUAUAUUUUUUUUUAUGAGCCAUAGGUAAUUACAGGAUAUUAUCAAUUUUCCAGUAAAAUCACGUUCAUCUUUGCCACUAUAUGAUAAAAUCCAGGAGAUAUAUAACAAUGGUACAGUUAACAUGUCUGUUAUUUUUUGUAAUAACAAACUACAGCAUCGUUUGCAGAUCAGAACACCGCCUUUAGGAAAACACAUAUAAAUAAAAAGAAAGACUUGAUUAAUUUUAACAUUGUCCAGUCUGAAAGUAAUUUACUGGAAUUACAUUACUAUUUUUUUCUGGCUGCUAUAAAACCUUAAAUAUUUUGAGAGGUCUCCAAGUGCUUGGAAUAAAGAAAUGGGUUAAAGCAGCAUUUUUUUUUGUAUCUGCACUUGCCUAUAUAACAGUUUCUCCAAUGAAAUGAUUACCGCUGCAUUAAUCUCAAUACAAUAUUGUGCAUGCUAGUGUUGUAUUUCUAUAACGUAGCUUGGAAUUAAAUUAUACAGUAGAUGUUAUGUAUUCCUAUGGCAAAACAAACUAGUCUUCAAUUUUAUUGCCUUUUUUUUAUGUUUUUUUUCUUUUUAUGUGAAAAUCAUGUCUCUCAAUUGGAAAGGAAGGAGGAAAAGGUAGAUUGUAUCUACCACAGUGCAAUAGGCACAUAUUUGGUCUAAUAUUGAUGUUGCUAUUGUGACAUGCAAAUAUAAUUUUGCUUAAAAA